AUGGCUGCUCUCCUCUGGUUUCGGCUGCCACUGGCAGCAGUCUCUGGCACCUUCAGCAGGCUACUGGUCCUGGCCAGGCUCCCGUGGCCCGAAUCGGGGCCCCUGCCCCAGAAGUUGCUUGCGCGUUAUUUGCUCCUGCUGCGGCUCUACCCGGUGCUCACUAAAGCCGUGUCCAGUGCCCUUCUGUCAGCUCUCGGGAGCCUUCUGUCUCAGAUCAUUGAGAAAAGCCGGAAAAAGAAAGGCCCUUCAAAAAGUUUUGACUUGGGAGAGCCUUUGAGAUUUGCCACCUAUGGGUUCCUGUUCACAGGGCCACUGAGUCACUACUUCUACAUGUACUUGGACCAGUUCUUCCCUCCUGAUGUGCCUUUUUCUAUGGUCAAGAGACUUUUGCUGGACCGGGUCAUUGUUGCCCCAGCCUUCCUUGUGCUCUUUUUCUAUGUCAUGAACCUACUGGAGGGGAAAGACACAACAGCCUUCAUGAAGAAGAUGAAUUCCAGUUAUUGGCCAGCCCUUAAAAUGAACUGGAAAAUGUGGACUCCAAUCCAGUUUAUUAAUGUUAAAUAUGUCCCUGUGCAGUUCCGAGUGCUGUUUGGAAACCUGGUGGCCCUCUUCUGGUUUGCCUACCUGGCCUCCGUCAAGAAGUGACUGUGCGGGAGCUGUGGAGUUGGGCUCAGCAGUUCCCUCUGUUGGAGAAACCGAACCUUUGCACUUGGUGGGAGACGAAAAGGCGGCUCUGCCUUGAGAGAACCGGUUGCUGCUGCUUUUAAGGAGUUCUGGAAUGAUUACCACUCCCUGUGAUCCAAGCUGCUGCCUUCUCCUUGCAAUUACUGGAGCCUGGUGAAAGGGCCAGCUCCCUUGGAGAGCUGUGAUUCUCACCAUUGUAUUUGUCCUAACCUAACUGAGCCUUUAUCGGCUUUCAUUUAUUUUAAUAUUGUUCCUAAUUUUCGCUGAGGCCAGCAACAGGCAAUAACUGUUUUUGUUUAAAAAAUGGUGCUUAAUAGGGUGGGUGAAUCUGUGCCCUGGGACUGGGGAAUCCCACCACAAGCCUUUUUUUUGGUCUCUGAAAACAAAAAGAAAUAAAAAUUUUUAAAAAUA